GGCCAGGGCUGGGCUGGGUUCAGUCGCUGGGGCUCCUUUGGGGUGUGAGGAGCAGUGCAAGAGGAUGGGCAGGGAAGGCCCUGCACACCUGGGGUCCCGUCGGCAAGGGCACCUGGUGGCUCUGACCUUGAGCCUCCUCCUCACCUGUGGGCCAGGACCCACUGCGUCAACACUGGGCAAGAACACUGAAAACAAAGAAAGGAAGAAUUCCACAUUCUGGGAUACCACAAAUUCAACCAGCCUUAGCACAACCAAGACUUUAACAUCUGCAGAACAAGGAAGUCUUGCUAAGCUCAAAAGAACUAGUGUUGCAGUAGGGAGAACCACAUCUUCUGGCACCUUUCCUUCAGACAAAACUAAUGACCGUCAGGCAAACACUGAAAAGGAGACUAAGGGAAUGUUGAGAGCAUCUGUGGCUUCAGCUGACACCUCCAAAUCUGGAAGAGAAUACAAUGCCUUCAUAACCUCUAUCCCCUCCUCAGAUCUGAGCACUGAUGACAACAGAGAGCAAAGAUAUCUUCAGGUCUCUCCAUUACACCGAAGCCGCCACAUCACCUCUGAAAGGCCCAGCCUCGGCACAGACGCCCCCGAGAGCGCCGGCCUCUCCAGGACACCUGGUUCCAGCAUCCCAGCCGACGAAACAUGGGAAAGUACAGGCACAAGUCAAACCUUUACUGGACCCCAACCAACUGAGUGGACAGAGACACGUCUUAAAAUGGAAACACUGACCAGCGAGGCGAGCUUUGUCGACACCUCCCCCGACAGACGGAUGGAUUCUGCAUCCACUGAGCCAUGGACAAGCUUCCCUGACACAACCUCACUCAGAGAACCAUCUUCAAACACACUCACCCAGGACGUCACAGCUGGCCCAACCACUGAGGAGCUUCUGCUUCCCACCGACACCUCAGUGACAGGCGGCAGCAGCACAAGCAUCACCCAGGAUACCACACCCCGACCUCUGGGAACCACGGCUUCAUCUGAAACAGCGGCCACAGAUGUGACCCUGAGCGUCAGCAGAGCCACGGUGUCCGUGUCGACAGCUGUGACCAAGGUGGCUCCUGGCUCAAGUGCUCCGGGAGGAACAAACCCACCGUCAAGCACGAUUCCUCCCAAAAUGCCUGAGACAUUCUCCACGGGGAAUCCAGAGUCUAGGGAGGGAACCAGCCAGGUUCUGACCCCAUCCAACCCCGGCCAUCACUUCUCCUCCCCUGGCACCAGCCCUGCAGGAGACUUGGUGAUGACCACCAGCCUUCCUCUGUCCUUGUCCACCUCUGCUCCUGGGGCUACAGCGUCACGGUUCUCCGCAUCUUCAGACCAUGAGGUCACCUCCUCCAGGGACACAGGGACCCCUGAGAGUGCGGCAAAGACAGACCCCAGCUCGUCUCUCCUUCGUUCAGGAAGUCGUGCAGAAACCAGUGCCGAACGAGUCAGAAAUACAACUUCCCCACUGGCCUGGACAUCUCCAUCAGAGGAAGGAACAACAAGGAGUGUCUUCACCCUUAGCACCUCCCCUGAUGCCACAGACAGACCCAGCAUCUCCACAGGCAGUACCUUGGCUUCUGAACCAUCAGCAGGUCCUGGCCCCCUCAGCAUCACCAGUGAUCCAGGCGUGAAAACCACAUCUCCUUCCAGCAGCUCCAUCUCAGAGGAGAACAACACCCCUCUGUCCAUGACCGGAAGGCCUCCCAGAGGACCCUGGUCUGCAUCUGUCUCUCCAUCUGAGGCCUCUGAUUCUGGAACAGAAAACAAUUCGAUGACCACGUCUGGCCCCUCCUCAGGUGUUGGCACUGCUGAGAGCAGAACAGGUGCAACUCGGGUCUCUCCAUCACAUCCAGAGAGGGAGCUCGGAAGCCCCCACACCGCCUCUGAAAGGCCCAGCCUCGGCACAGACGCCCCCGAGAGCGCCGGCCUCUCCAGGACACCUGGUUCCAGCAUCCCAGCCGACGAAACAUGGGAAAGUACAGGCACAAGUCAAACCUUUACUGGACCCCAACCAACUGAGUGGACAGAGACACGUCUUAAAAUGGAAACACUGACCAGCGAGGCGAGCUUUGUCGACACCUCCCCCGACAGACGGAUGGAUUCUGCAUCCACUGAGCCAUGGACAAGCUUCCCUGACACAACCUCACUCAGAGAACCAUCUUCAAACACACUCACCCAGGACGUCACAGCUGGCCCAACCACUGAGGAGCUUCUGCUUCCCACCGACACCUCAGUGACAGGCGGCAGCAGCACAAGCAUCACCCAGGAUACCACACCCCGACCUCUGGGAACCACGGCUUCAUCUGAAACAGCGGCCACAGAUGUGACCCUGAGCGUCAGCAGAGCCACGGUGUCCGUGUCGACAGCUGUGACCAAGGUGGCUCCUGGCUCAAGUGCUCCGGGAGGAACAAACCCACCGUCAAGCACGAUUCCUCCCAAAAUGCCUGAGACAUUCUCCACGGGGAAUCCAGAGUCUAGGGAGGGAACCAGCCAGGUUCUGACCCCAUCCAACCCCGGCCAUCACUUCUCCUCCCCUGGCACCAGCCCUGCAGGAGACUUGGUGAUGACCACCAGCCUUCCUCUGUCCUUGUCCACCUCUGCUCCUGGGGCUACAGCGUCACGGUUCUCCGCAUCUUCAGACCAUGAGGUCACCUCCUCCAGGGACACAGGGACCCCUGAGAGUGCGGCAAAGACAGACCCCAGCUCGUCUCUCCUUCGUUCAGGAAGUCGUGCAGAAACCAGUGCCGAACGAGUCAGAAAUACAACUUCCCCACUGGCCUGGACAUCUCCAUCAGAGGAAGGAACAACAAGGAGUGUCUUCACCCUUAGCACCUCCCCUGAUGCCACAGACAGACCCAGCAUCUCCACAGGCAGUACCUUGGCUUCUGAACCAUCAGCAGGUCCUGGCCCCCUCAGCAUCACCAGUGAUCCAGGCGUGAAAACCACAUCUCCUUCCAGCAGCUCCAUCUCAGAGGAGAACAACACCCCUCUGUCCAUGACCGGAAGGCCUCCCAGAGGACCCUGGUCUGCAUCUGUCUCUCCAUCUGAGGCCUCUGAUUCUGGAACAGAAAACAAUUCGAUGACCACGUCUGGCCCCUCCUCAGGUGUUGGCACUGCUGAGAGCAGAACAGGUGCAACUCGGGUCUCUCCAUCACAUCCAGAGAGGGAGCUCGGAAGCCCCCACACCGCCUCUGAAAGGCCCAGCCUCGGCACAGACGCCCCCGAGAGCGCCGGCCUCUCCAGGACACCUGGUUCCAGCAUCCCAGCCGACGAAACAUGGGAAAGUACAGGCACAAGUCAAACCUUUACUGGACCCCAACCAACUGAGUGGACAGAGACACGUCUUAAAAUGGAAACACUGACCAGCGAGGCGAGCUUUGUCGACACCUCCCCCGACAGACGGAUGGAUUCUGCAUCCACUGAGCCAUGGACAAGCUUCCCUGACACAACCUCACUCAGAGAACCAUCUUCAAACACACUCACCCAGGACGUCACAGCUGGCCCAACCACUGAGGAGCUUCUGCUUCCCACCGACACCUCAGUGACAGGCGGCAGCAGCACAAGCAUCACCCAGGAUACCACACCCCGACCUCUGGGAACCACGGCUUCAUCUGAAACAGCGGCCACAGAUGUGACCCUGAGCGUCAGCAGAGCCACGGUGUCCGUGUCGACAGCUGUGACCAAGGUGGCUCCUGGCUCAAGUGCUCCGGGAGGAACAAACCCACCGUCAAGCACGAUUCCUCCCAAAAUGCCUGAGACAUUCUCCACGGGGAAUCCAGAGUCUAGGGAGGGAACCAGCCAGGUUCUGACCCCAUCCAACCCCGGCCAUCACUUCUCCUCCCCUGGCACCAGCCCUGCAGGAGACUUGGUGAUGACCACCAGCCUUCCUCUGUCCUUGUCCACCUCUGCUCCUGGGGCUACAGCGUCACGGUUCUCCGCAUCUUCAGACCAUGAGGUCACCUCCUCCAGGGACACAGGGACCCCUGAGAGUGCGGCAAAGACAGACCCCAGCUCGUCUCUCCUUCGUUCAGGAAGUCGUGCAGAAACCAGUGCCGAACGAGUCAGAAAUACAACUUCCCCACUGGCCUGGACAUCUCCAUCAGAGGAAGGAACAACAAGGAGUGUCUUCACCCUUAGCACCUCCCCUGAUGCCACAGACAGACCCAGCAUCUCCACAGGCAGUACCUUGGCUUCUGAACCAUCAGCAGGUCCUGGCCCCCUCAGCAUCACCAGUGAUCCAGGCGUGAAAACCACAUCUCCUUCCAGCAGCUCCAUCUCAGAGGAGAACAACACCCCUCUGUCCAUGACCGGAAGGCCUCCCAGAGGACCCUGGUCUGCAUCUGUCUCUCCAUCUGAGGCCUCUGAUUCUGGAACAGAAAACAAUUCGAUGACCACGUCUGGCCCCUCCUCAGGUGUUGGCACUGCUGAGAGCAGAACAGGUGCAACUCGGGUCUCUCCAUCACAUCCAGAGAGGGAGCUCGGAAGCCCCCACACCGCCUCUGAAAGGCCCAGCCUCGGCACAGACGCCCCCGAGAGCGCCGGCCUCUCCAGGACACCUGGUUCCAGCAUCCCAGCCGACGAAACAUGGGAAAGUACAGGCACAAGUCAAACCUUUACUGGACCCCAACCAACUGAGUGGACAGAGACACGUCUUAAAAUGGAAACACUGACCAGCGAGGCGAGCUUUGUCGACACCUCCCCCGACAGACGGAUGGAUUCUGCAUCCACUGAGCCAUGGACAAGCUUCCCUGACACAACCUCACUCAGAGAACCAUCUUCAAACACACUCACCCAGGACGUCACAGCUGGCCCAACCACUGAGGAGCUUCUGCUUCCCACCGACACCUCAGUGACAGGCGGCAGCAGCACAAGCAUCACCCAGGAUACCACACCCCGACCUCUGGGAACCACGGCUUCAUCUGAAACAGCGGCCACAGAUGUGACCCUGAGCGUCAGCAGAGCCACGGUGUCCGUGUCGACAGCUGUGACCAAGGUGGCUCCUGGCUCAAGUGCUCCGGGAGGAACAAACCCACCGUCAAGCACGAUUCCUCCCAAAAUGCCUGAGACAUUCUCCACGGGGAAUCCAGAGUCUAGGGAGGGAACCAGCCAGGUUCUGACCCCAUCCAACCCCGGCCAUCACUUCUCCUCCCCUGGCACCAGCCCUGCAGGAGACUUGGUGAUGACCACCAGCCUUCCUCUGUCCUUGUCCACCUCUGCUCCUGGGGCUACAGCGUCACGGUUCUCCGCAUCUUCAGACCAUGAGGUCACCUCCUCCAGGGACACAGGGACCCCUGAGAGUGCGGCAAAGACAGACCCCAGCUCGUCUCUCCUUCGUUCAGGAAGUCGUGCAGAAACCAGUGCCGAACGAGUCAGAAAUACAACUUCCCCACUGGCCUGGACAUCUCCAUCAGAGGAAGGAACAACAAGGAGUGUCUUCACCCUUAGCACCUCCCCUGAUGCCACAGACAGACCCAGCAUCUCCACAGGCAGUACCUUGGCUUCUGAACCAUCAGCAGGUCCUGGCCCCCUCAGCAUCACCAGUGAUCCAGGCGUGAAAACCACAUCUCCUUCCAGCAGCUCCAUCUCAGAGGAGAACAACACCCCUCUGUCCAUGACCGGAAGGCCUCCCAGAGGACCCUGGUCUGCAUCUGUCUCUCCAUCUGAGGCCUCUGAUUCUGGAACAGAAAACAAUUCGAUGACCACGUCUGGCCCCUCCUCAGGUGUUGGCACUGCUGAGAGCAGAACAGGUGCAACUCGGGUCUCUCCAUCACAUCCAGAGAGGGAGCUCGGAAGCCCCCACACCGCCUCUGAAAGGCCCAGCCUCGGCACAGACGCCCCCGAGAGCGCCGGCCUCUCCAGGACACCUGGUUCCAGCAUCCCAGCCGACGAAACAUGGGAAAGUACAGGCACAAGUCAAACCUUUACUGGACCCCAACCAACUGAGUGGACAGAGACACGUCUUAAAAUGGAAACACUGACCAGCGAGGCGAGCUUUGUCGACACCUCCCCCGACAGACGGAUGGAUUCUGCAUCCACUGAGCCAUGGACAAGCUUCCCUGACACAACCUCACUCAGAGAACCAUCUUCAAACACACUCACCCAGGACGUCACAGCUGGCCCAACCACUGAGGAGCUUCUGCUUCCCACCGACACCUCAGUGACAGGCGGCAGCAGCACAAGCAUCACCCAGGAUACCACACCCCGACCUCUGGGAACCACGGCUUCAUCUGAAACAGCGGCCACAGAUGUGACCCUGAGCGUCAGCAGAGCCACGGUGUCCGUGUCGACAGCUGUGACCAAGGUGGCUCCUGGCUCAAGUGCUCCGGGAGGAACAAACCCACCGUCAAGCACGAUUCCUCCCAAAAUGCCUGAGACAUUCUCCACGGGGAAUCCAGAGUCUAGGGAGGGAACCAGCCAGGUUCUGACCCCAUCCAACCCCGGCCAUCACUUCUCCUCCCCUGGCACCAGCCCUGCAGGAGACUUGGUGAUGACCACCAGCCUUCCUCUGUCCUUGUCCACCUCUGCUCCUGGGGCUACAGCGUCACGGUUCUCCGCAUCUUCAGACCAUGAGGUCACCUCCUCCAGGGACACAGGGACCCCUGAGAGUGCGGCAAAGACAGACCCCAGCUCGUCUCUCCUUCGUUCAGGAAGUCGUGCAGAAACCAGUGCCGAACGAGUCAGAAAUACAACUUCCCCACUGGCCUGGACAUCUCCAUCAGAGGAAGGAACAACAAGGAGUGUCUUCACCCUUAGCACCUCCCCUGAUGCCACAGACAGACCCAGCAUCUCCACAGGCAGUACCUUGGCUUCUGAACCAUCAGCAGGUCCUGGCCCCCUCAGCAUCACCAGUGAUCCAGGCGUGAAAACCACAUCUCCUUCCAGCAGCUCCAUCUCAGAGGAGAACAACACCCCUCUGUCCAUGACCGGAAGGCCUCCCAGAGGACCCUGGUCUGCAUCUGUCUCUCCAUCUGAGGCCUCUGAUUCUGGAACAGAAAACAAUUCGAUGACCACGUCUGGCCCCUCCUCAGGUGUUGGCACUGCUGAGAGCAGAACAGGUGCAACUCGGGUCUCUCCAUCACAUCCAGAGAGGGAGCUCGGAAGCCCCCACACCGCCUCUGAAAGGCCCAGCCUCGGCACAGACGCCCCCGAGAGCGCCGGCCUCUCCAGGACACCUGGUUCCAGCAUCCCAGCCGACGAAACAUGGGAAAGUACAGGCACAAGUCAAACCUUUACUGGACCCCAACCAACUGAGUGGACAGAGACACGUCUUAAAAUGGAAACACUGACCAGCGAGGCGAGCUUUGUCGACACCUCCCCCGACAGACGGAUGGAUUCUGCAUCCACUGAGCCAUGGACAAGCUUCCCUGACACAACCUCACUCAGAGAACCAUCUUCAAACACACUCACCCAGGACGUCACAGCUGGCCCAACCACUGAGGAGCUUCUGCUUCCCACCGACACCUCAGUGACAGGCGGCAGCAGCACAAGCAUCACCCAGGAUACCACACCCCGACCUCUGGGAACCACGGCUUCAUCUGAAACAGCGGCCACAGAUGUGACCCUGAGCGUCAGCAGAGCCACGGUGUCCGUGUCGACAGCUGUGACCAAGGUGGCUCCUGGCUCAAGUGCUCCGGGAGGAACAAACCCACCGUCAAGCACGAUUCCUCCCAAAAUGCCUGAGACAUUCUCCACGGGGAAUCCAGAGUCUAGGGAGGGAACCAGCCAGGUUCUGACCCCAUCCAACCCCGGCCAUCACUUCUCCUCCCCUGGCACCAGCCCUGCAGGAGACUUGGUGAUGACCACCAGCCUUCCUCUGUCCUUGUCCACCUCUGCUCCUGGGGCUACAGCGUCACGGUUCUCCGCAUCUUCAGACCAUGAGGUCACCUCCUCCAGGGACACAGGGACCCCUGAGAGUGCGGCAAAGACAGACCCCAGCUCGUCUCUCCUUCGUUCAGGAAGUCGUGCAGAAACCAGUGCCGAACGAGUCAGAAAUACAACUUCCCCACUGGCCUGGACAUCUCCAUCAGAGGAAGGAACAACAAGGAGUGUCUUCACCCUUAGCACCUCCCCUGAUGCCACAGACAGACCCAGCAUCUCCACAGGCAGUACCUUGGCUUCUGAACCAUCAGCAGGUCCUGGCCCCCUCAGCAUCACCAGUGAUCCAGGCGUGAAAACCACAUCUCCUUCCAGCAGCUCCAUCUCAGAGGAGAACAACACCCCUCUGUCCAUGACCGGAAGGCCUCCCAGAGGACCCUGGUCUGCAUCUGUCUCUCCAUCUGAGGCCUCUGAUUCUGGAACAGAAAACAAUUCGAUGACCACGUCUGGCCCCUCCUCAGGUGUUGGCACUGCUGAGAGCAGAACAGGUGCAACUCGGGUCUCUCCAUCACAUCCAGAGAGGGAGCUCGGAAGCCCCCACACCGCCUCUGAAAGGCCCAGCCUCGGCACAGACGCCCCCGAGAGCGCCGGCCUCUCCAGGACACCUGGUUCCAGCAUCCCAGCCGACGAAACAUGGGAAAGUACAGGCACAAGUCAAACCUUUACUGGACCCCAACCAACUGAGUGGACAGAGACACGUCUUAAAAUGGAAACACUGACCAGCGAGGCGAGCUUUGUCGACACCUCCCCCGACAGACGGAUGGAUUCUGCAUCCACUGAGCCAUGGACAAGCUUCCCUGACACAACCUCACUCAGAGAACCAUCUUCAAACACACUCACCCAGGACGUCACAGCUGGCCCAACCACUGAGGAGCUUCUGCUUCCCACCGACACCUCAGUGACAGGCGGCAGCAGCACAAGCAUCACCCAGGAUACCACACCCCGACCUCUGGGAACCACGGCUUCAUCUGAAACAGCGGCCACAGAUGUGACCCUGAGCGUCAGCAGAGCCACGGUGUCCGUGUCGACAGCUGUGACCAAGGUGGCUCCUGGCUCAAGUGCUCCGGGAGGAACAAACCCACCGUCAAGCACGAUUCCUCCCAAAAUGCCUGAGACAUUCUCCACGGGGAAUCCAGAGUCUAGGGAGGGAACCAGCCAGGUUCUGACCCCAUCCAACCCCGGCCAUCACUUCUCCUCCCCUGGCACCAGCCCUGCAGGAGACUUGGUGAUGACCACCAGCCUUCCUCUGUCCUUGUCCACCUCUGCUCCUGGGGCUACAGCGUCACGGUUCUCCGCAUCUUCAGACCAUGAGGUCACCUCCUCCAGGGACACAGGGACCCCUGAGAGUGCGGCAAAGACAGACCCCAGCUCGUCUCUCCUUCGUUCAGGAAGUCGUGCAGAAACCAGUGCCGAACGAGUCAGAAAUACAACUUCCCCACUGGCCUGGACAUCUCCAUCAGAGGAAGGAACAACAAGGAGUGUCUUCACCCUUAGCACCUCCCCUGAUGCCACAGACAGACCCAGCAUCUCCACAGGCAGUACCUUGGCUUCUGAACCAUCAGCAGGUCCUGGCCCCCUCAGCAUCACCAGUGAUCCAGGCGUGAAAACCACAUCUCCUUCCAGCAGCUCCAUCUCAGAGGAGAACAACACCCCUCUGUCCAUGACCGGAAGGCCUCCCAGAGGACCCUGGUCUGCAUCUGUCUCUCCAUCUGAGGCCUCUGAUUCUGGAACAGAAAACAAUUCGAUGACCACGUCUGGCCCCUCCUCAGGUGUUGGCACUGCUGAGAGCAGAACAGGUGCAACUCGGGUCUCUCCAUCACAUCCAGAGAGGGAGCUCGGAAGCCCCCACACCGCCUCUGAAAGGCCCAGCCUCGGCACAGACGCCCCCGAGAGCGCCGGCCUCUCCAGGACACCUGGUUCCAGCAUCCCAGCCGACGAAACAUGGGAAAGUACAGGCACAAGUCAAACCUUUACUGGACCCCAACCAACUGAGUGGACAGAGACACGUCUUAAAAUGGAAACACUGACCAGCGAGGCGAGCUUUGUCGACACCUCCCCCGACAGACGGAUGGAUUCUGCAUCCACUGAGCCAUGGACAAGCUUCCCUGACACAACCUCACUCAGAGAACCAUCUUCAAACACACUCACCCAGGACGUCACAGCUGGCCCAACCACUGAGGAGCUUCUGCUUCCCACCGACACCUCAGUGACAGGCGGCAGCAGCACAAGCAUCACCCAGGAUACCACACCCCGACCUCUGGGAACCACGGCUUCAUCUGAAACAGCGGCCACAGAUGUGACCCUGAGCGUCAGCAGAGCCACGGUGUCCGUGUCGACAGCUGUGACCAAGGUGGCUCCUGGCUCAAGUGCUCCGGGAGGAACAAACCCACCGUCAAGCACGAUUCCUCCCAAAAUGCCUGAGACAUUCUCCACGGGGAAUCCAGAGUCUAGGGAGGGAACCAGCCAGGUUCUGACCCCAUCCAACCCCGGCCAUCACUUCUCCUCCCCUGGCACCAGCCCUGCAGGAGACUUGGUGAUGACCACCAGCCUUCCUCUGUCCUUGUCCACCUCUGCUCCUGGGGCUACAGCGUCACGGUUCUCCGCAUCUUCAGACCAUGAGGUCACCUCCUCCAGGGACACAGGGACCCCUGAGAGUGCGGCAAAGACAGACCCCAGCUCAGCUCUUCAU